CGCUCUCUGUCCUGAGCGAUGGCUGCGUGUCCCAUCUAAGACUAAGUGAGGUUAGCUGACAGCAUCUGGACUCGUUUCUAUCCGCCUCGUCUGACAAUCAUGGUGGUGAACUCCGUGCACUGGUUCCGGAAGGGGCUGAGGCUCCACGACAACCCGGCUCUGCAGGAAGCGCUGAAGGGAGCCGACACGUUGCGCUGUGUUUACGUGUUGGACCCCUGGUUCGCGGGUUCGGCCAACGUGGGAGUGAACAGGUGGAGAUUUUUGCUUGAAUCCUUGGAAGACUUGGAUGCUUGCCUUCGAAAAUUAAAUUCGAGGCUCUUCGUGGUCCGGGGUCAACCUGCAGAUGUAUUUCCAAGGUUGUUUAAGGAGUGGGGAGUCACGCGUCUGACCUUCGAGUACGACUCCGAACCGUAUGGGAAGGAGCGGGAUGCUGCAAUCAUUAAGAUGGCCCAAGAAUUUGGAGUGGAGACGGUGGUGAAGAAGUCGCACACGCUGUACGAUUUGGACAGAAUCAUUGAGAUGAACAACAGCAGCCCUCCUCUCACCUUCAAGCGGUUCCAAGCCAUCGUGAACCGCCUGGGGCUGCCCAGGAAGCCCCUGCCUACGGUAACCCGGCAGCAGAUGGACGGCUGCUGGACGGACGUCUCGAUGAACCAUGACGAGCGCUUUGGUGUGCCCACCCUGGAGGAGCUGGGUUUUAAGACACAAGAGCUGAGUCCUGCAGUGUGGAAGGGGGGUGAGACAGAGGCGCUGGAGAGGCUUAAGAAGCACUUGGACAGAAAGGCUUGGGUGGCGAACUUCGAACGGCCCCAGAUUAACGUGUGUUCGCUCAUGGCUAGCCCCACUGGUCUCAGUCCUUACCUGCGGUUCGGCUGCUUAUCGUGUCGCUUGUUUUACUAUGAGCUGCGAGAUCUCUAUCUCAAGGUUCGCAAGCACAGCAGCCCACCGCUCUCGCUCUUCGGCCAACUGCUCUGGAGAGAGUUCUUCUACACGGCAGCCACCAACAACCCCAACUUCGACCGAAUGGAGGGCAACCCCAUCUGCGUGCAGAUUCCGUGGGACCACAACCCCGAGGCGUUGGCCAAGUGGGCAGAGGGCCGCACGGGCUUCCCCUGGAUCGAUGCCAUCAUGACCCAACUGCGGCAAGAGGGCUGGAUCCAUCACCUGGCCCGGCACGCCGUCGCCUGCUUUCUGACCAGGGGGGACCUGUGGCUCAGCUGGGAGAGCGGCAUGAGGGUGUUUGAGGAGCUGCUGCUGGACGCCGACUGGAGCGUGAACGCGGGCAGCUGGAUGUGGCUCUCCUGCAGCGCCUUCUUCCAGCAGUUCUUCCACUGCUACUGUCCCGUGGGCUUCGGACGCCGCACCGACCCCAGCGGAGACUACAUCAGGAAGUACAUCCCGAAGCUGAGGGACUACCCAAACCGGUACAUUUACGAGCCCUGGAACGCCCCCGAGUCGGUGCAGAAGGCAGUGAACUGCGUGGUGGGUGUGGACUACCCCAGGCCAAUGAUAAACCACGCCGAGGUCAGCCGCCUCAACAUCGAGCGCAUGAAGCAGGUCUACCAGCAGCUCUCGCACUACAAGGGACUCAGUUUGCUGGCCUCGGUUCCCACCAUUCAGGAGGAGGCAGAGCUGCCGAGAUCGGACGACUCGCAGUCCCACAACAGCAGCGAUGUGCAGUCUGAUGAACCCAGCAAGAAGGCCUCUUUAGGGAAGAGGGAGAGACCUUCAGAGCUCCAAAGACCCCCUGCAUGCACACAGCCCAAAGUCCAGCGCCGCAGCACUGCCGAAGGGAGCUCAAGCAAACAGCAAUAUUAGAAACACCCCAGAGAUAAGCCAUGCCUGUAUGAUGCGAGAACUACUGCAGGAAAGAGCUACAGCUGACCAUCAGGCUCCAGCCCUGUGGGUAGAUUGAAAUCUGUAGUAGCUGUUUUUUUUUUUUUUUCUUUUUUUUGAACAACUGUAAAAAAUAACUCACCUAAAAACACAUUGCCAAGAAUGCUGCAACAAGAUUAAAAAGGAUGCAAUGCUCUUGCUUCAGCAUUUCCAAACCAUUUAUUUUUUUCUUUUAUUUUUCAUUGCCAGCCAAGCAUUUACUAAACAUGUGAGUGACGGAUAACUCCCUGCUAUCUUCAUCUCCAGUAUGAGAUUUUUUUGGACACUGAAAAUUUUGUGGAAUCAACAGGAAUGUCUGGAUGGCUUAGUAGCACGAAAGCUUAUCUGCAGUAAACUAGCGUACAUUCCGUGUGUUGCACAGCAAGCCAUACAGCACUGCUGUCGUAUGAAAGGUGCAGGAUGACUAAAGAAAAGCGGUCUCUGCUACCACAGCUGUCAUUGAUGUGAUGCCACCUCUGCAAUUUCUGAAGAGUAAUAUUCUUUCCCUAUAUAUGCACUCUUCUUUCCACAUAUUUCAGCCUUAUUUGUAGAAUACAAAAAAGCAAAAGAAACUCAUUGCCAAGUUUGCACAGCGAUUUCUACUAAUCCAGAGUCGUGUUUUUAAAGCCGUUCGACGUUUGUUACACCAUACAGUUGAGGUUGACUUUAGUACAGAUGUUCCUUGAUUUACAUUGGUUCUCUGUUCCUACACCCUCUAUCCAAAAUAAGUUAAGCUUUAAAAUAGUUUUAAAAGCAAUGUCAUAAAUGAAAAUUAAGUGAAAAGCCCAUUUUUUUUUUGAAGAGCCAUGAUCCAGGUAUUGGUAAUCAAUAGAUAAUUGAUAACUCAGAGGGCUCCGAAAGUAUAUCUGGUUCCCUUUGUGUCUGUUCUCAGUAUGUCUUUACUGUGGGAUACGCUCAAAAUAUUAUUGGGAGCAGAAAAAAGUUAAUACUCUGUGAAAGCGGUUAUGGAAAACAGAUUGCUGCGUGUGUGAGAAUAAAAGAAUGGGGACGCAGGAGGACGGGGUAAAGCCGGUGCCUCGCAGUUCCUGGGCAGCUCAGUGGACGUGGGGUUCGAGUGCAGCUCAGAGUGUGUGGAGUUGGCACCUUUCUCCUUGUGUUUGCACCCCCAGACAUGGGCAGAAGAAGGCGCAGGCAAUCCGCUUCUGUUCCUCCCUUGCCUUUUAAACCACGCAAGUGGCCGUUAUGAGUUGGGGUUGAUUCGAUGGGAUGUCCGUUGUCAUAAAAAGGAAUACCAGCGUUCAUAAAAGGCCAAACCUUUUUUUUUUUUUUAAUCCUAUAUUAGACUUGUAACUGAUGCAGACAUUCCAAGUAAAAACACAAGUUCACAGAUACUACAUCUUCAUAAACAUAACUAAUAUUAUUUCCUUUUUGUAUCAUACAGAAGUUUACAUUUAUUUAGAGGACUAAUUGAGCCAAUUAAUUCCUAAGAUUAGAAUAAUUCUACAUGCCAGAAUUCAUGUAGACACUCCCAAUGCAUUUCACACACGGGCUAGUCAUAUAUAGCGAAUGAAUACAAAAGUAAAGAAGAAACCAAAUUGCUUUCAAGAGAAGCGAAGCCUGCAUAAAUUGUCUCUUUCGUUUGCUGGUGUGGCAAUACCCAAUGGCGGUGGAAAUUAAAAUGCUUAAUUCCCCUGUGCUCUUUGUUAAUUAGUCCAAUUUCAGAUUGUUCGUUAGUUUAAAUCGAGAGGAUUAACCCUCUCUUCUCUGUUGUCGCCAAGCCUCUCUCUAGGAGGACAGUACUCGAUCAUCUGAGAAUGUAGUGUGGGACAGAGUGGGACACUGGCCCUUGCUAGUAACACUUUAAUUUUCAAAUGCAAAUAGGCAUUUGUCAUUUAGGCACUUUGGAUAGUUUUUUCCUGUGAAG